AUGCGUCCUAAGAUACUCACCAGACUCUCUCAUGUUACGCGACAAUGCUUUCUACAACAGCAGCGUGCAUAUGCUACCACGAAUGAACCAGCCUUACGAACAGCUCUCUUCUUUCCUGGCCAUGGAGUCCAACGAAAGGGAAUGCUUCAGCCAUGGCUCGAAGCUUUCCCCAAGACCUGCAAACCUUUUGUCGAAGAAAUGAACGAUAUACUAGGCUACAAUCUAGCUGAAAUAAUAGAAGAGGGCCCCAUUGCAAUGCUCGAUAAGACUCAAAAUGCGCAGCCAGCCAUCAUGGCUACCUCCGUUAUGAUACUACGCGUGCUAGAGCAGGAAUUCGGUUUCGACACUGACAAGAGAAUAAACGUGACUCUUGGUCACAGUCUAGGAGAAUAUGCCGCUCUGGUGGCCGCAGGCCAGCUUGAAUUCGAUUUCGCCCUCAAGAUCGUUCGCAAACGAGGCGAAGUCAUGGCUGAAUGCACAAGGAAAGCGAAAGAAGAGACGGGUGAAACAUUUGGCAUGAUGGCUCUUGUCUGCGAACCCGAACAACUCGAUGCACUUACCGCAGCUGUGACAGAAUGGCUGUCCUACAAUGCAGAAGGCACACGCGACGACUCAAGUCAUUCCCCAGCUAUCCGACAAGUCACCCUAGCAAACAAGAAUUCUAGAAACCAGAUCGUCCUGAGCGGCAGUUUCCAACGUAUACGAGAGCUUCUAACCCAUAUUCGUGAAUUUGGAGGACACGACCCAAGAGCCGUCGAGCUUAAAAGUCGAAGUGCCUUUCACAGUCCCAUCAUGAGACCUGCCUUUGAGUAUAUGAAGAAAGUAAUGACGCCGGAUGUCGUCAAAUGGCCCGGGAAAAUGCCAACUGUCUCCAACGUGACUGGUCUACCAUUCGACUCUGCCGACAAUCUCAGAAAGAACCUUUCCCGACAAGCCAUUGAUACUGUACUUUGGUGGGACUCCAUCAAAUAUCUACAUGAAAGAGCAGGCACAAAGCGAUGGCUCGGACUCGGGCCAGGCAAAGUCGGCCGAAACCUUGUGAGUAAAGAGGUCGGUCGAAGUGGUGCAAAGGGUGGUGGUGUCUGGUCGAUUUCUGAGCCAAGAGAAGUUGAGGAGACAAUGAAGGCUCUUGACGAAACUGAAGGGGAGGCCAGGAAUUAG